AUGAGAUUUCUGUUUUUAAUUAGUGUUGUACAUUUUUUAACUCGCGCAGAAGCUUUAAGCACUUUGCCCACCGGUAGAACUAGCACAUUUCCUUUGUGCGCUUUGACACCUAGAAAACCUGGCAAUCUUAAAUUAUUUGAUGAUGGAUUGCUUUCUUCAAUUUCUAAAGUCAUCAAUGACUCCAAAAAUAAGUUUAAUAACUUCGUGAACAUACAUGAACACUCUGCGGUCGGAAGAUUCUUAUCUCCCAUAUUCAGAAUACCGCCAUUAACUUUAUCUUACAUAGCUGCGUCAACACUAAUUUCGUUAGUCACGCAGUUUGACUCUGAGAGUUCGGAUAUAUCGCCGAUGAUAAAGUUUGAUGCCAACAAAAUUCUAAAGCAGUACCAAUUAUGGCGCUUAGUAACACCGUAUCUAUAUUUUGGCCCUUUAUUCAUGCCACACUUAUUCAUGUGCCACUACUUGGCUACGUAUAUGGGAUCACUUGAAUCUGAUCAUAAAUUGGCACCGGCUAAAUUUGUGGAAUUUCUGUUAUUUGGAAUAACAUCUCUUAGUGGCAUAGCACUGAUUCACGAUGUUGCUGCAAGGAGUAUUUUUGACCACUACAUGCGCAAGAAUCUCAGAAAUAGAGAUUAUCUAAAGCAUUUGGCAAGUUACGAAUCUAGGAAAAGACAACAUAUUUACACAAACCUUGCAUACUACUUGAGCAACUAUAUGCUAUAUUACUGGUCCAGACUAAACGAGGGAACAUCGGUUAAUUGUUACAAUUUGUUUACGGUGAAAGCAGAGUACAUACCAUAUGUUUUUAUAUUGCAAAACUAUCUGUUGUACAAGGAAAUAUCGCCAUACGAUCCCAUUGCCAUAGCAUUGGGAUAUAUAUACUUCUCGACACUGGCAAAAAGGCCACCAAUUAAACUUCUGGCCACAAUUUUACCUGGUGACAAGAGUAAACAGUAA